UGCGACUGCUACCAAUUCAUCCACUCAAACAUUAUUUCACCACCCUGAGCAAGUCUAGGGGCUACAAGAUAAAACAAUUCAUCUAGCCAACAAACAAACACAGUAUUGAAAUGCGGAUCAAAGACCUAAUAAGAAAGCAAAGGUAUGUGUAAAUAUUUGAACACACAAGUCAUUGGAAAUUAUCAUAUUAGAAAAAAGGUUUUAAUUUAUAUUCAUGUCUGUAAUUCAUAUUAGAUAUGAAUAGUAUAUAGGGUAAUGAGCCUUUUGUUUAGCCAUGUUUCUAUUAUCACCCUACCCACUUGAGCAGCAUCUGUCAUCUUUGUUGAACCCAUUGAGUCAAAUAGUAGGGCAACAAUGGGGGCACUCGUUUCGAAUUUUCGUUGCGCUCAAAUACGAGCAUAUCGCAUUUUUCUGGGUAUUUGUGUUAUCAUCUUGGUACUUAACAACGAAGCGAGUAAUUAAUAAAUUAGUGAGGUACACUCCAUAAUAGGGUAAAUUAGGCACUUUACCCUAAGUAGAUGAAAGUUCAUGACUGUCCUAUACGAUUUCAUUGAGUGCAUGUAUAACAAAUGAAUGUACAUUAUACAAUCAUUCUCAUCAAGGGUGGAAGAGUUUGGCUAUCGAAAUCCCACUACAAGAAAUGCGUGACAUGCGUACAAAUGGUUACAUAUAUGCCAUGCAUACUUGGUUGUGUAUCUGAAACAGGAUAUAAUGCCAACAACUGUUCUAGUAAACUACCAUCUGAAAUUGUUAUGCCACUUUAAUUUAGCAAUGAUAUUCAAAUCGAAACCAAGUACCAAUAAGACCGCAGAACUAAUGUCCUCUAUGCUACGGUCGAAAUAUCGCAAUAGGAGAGUAGUACAAGCGUUUUGUUUAUUCACAAUAAAACGAGAAAACGAAGAUACAUGUGAUUGGCUUUGCAUAUAUACAUAUAGCGAAAGUCCUAAAAUCUCGGAAAACAAUGUUAUGCUCAACUCAAGAUCACUAGCAGCACAAUCAUGCUGAGUAGCAAGGAGCCAAAUCUACGUUUGGAGGUAAUAACCAGCAAGUAUUACGAUGAUGUGAUCAAUCAUCUGAGAAGAACCUUUUUCGCCGAUGAGCCACUGAAUAAAGCUGUAAAUUUAACUAGACCCGGACAAGGCCACCGGCUGCUAGAACUGCACAGUUUGACUACACUAAAAGAUAACAUUAGCAUUAUGGCGAUUUCACACGACGGCGAGAUUGCUGGUGUAGCUUUGAAUGGAAUACUCCAUGGGAAUAGUGACAUAGAGAAGUCAUUAGAUAAACUGAACGACAUCAAUGACGAAAACUUCAAAAAGAUCUUCAAACUACUCUAUGAACAAAAUUAUAGGAUUAAUCUGUUCAAACAAUUCGAUGUCGACAAAAUUUUUGAAAUACGAAUUUUGUCUGUCGAUUCUAAGUUCAGAGGCCAGGGGUUGGCUAAGAUUCUGUUGAAAAAAAGUGAAGAGCUUGCAUUGGAAAGAGGUUUUCAGGUUAUGAAAACAGACGCCACCGGAGCAUUCUCGCAACGCGUCGUGAGUUCGCUUGGAUUUAUAACCAAGGGUGAGAUUAAAUACACCGACUACUUAGACAGCAAUGGAGAUCAAAUCUUUGUUGUCGAACCACCGCAUGAGAAACUAAAGAUUAUGUGCAAAGUGAUUAACUAAGCAAAGUACUAAGAGGAUCUCACAUGUAGUAGAUGAUAUGUAUUUAGCAGGAUGUAGGAUGUCGUCCAAUAUGGAAAAAAGCCAAAAUUGUUGACGUGUGAUUAUUUAAUGUUUAUAAUGUUUUAGGUAGAAAAGUCAUUUUGAUCAUGAUUUUUUAAGUAUUCAAUGAAUAUGUCAAUAAACUUAAAAAGCUUUAAAUGUUAGAAUAAUAUAGGAAAAGUUAAUUUAUUCUAAUUUUACCCGCGCAGGAUAAUAUGAGUAAAAUCAAAAUUAAUUGAUAUCCGUCAAAGCACAAAUUGAUAGAUCACAUACCGACCAAUUUUAAGUGAUAGUAUAAUCCAUGUUGAGCUAUACAAUACACAUAUUCAAAUUUUUUUGAAACUCCUAAUAUAUAAAUCGUGGCACAGAAAUACAUAUUGGUAAAAUACUAUAAAACAUAAAUAUUAUUAUACCAUGUUUCGAAAGCAUCUGAGUAUGUAUGGAAUGUUUUCUGAGUUCAGAUGACAAUCCUCAAAAUCAACGCUAGCAUUACAUAAUACGAAUGUGAAUUAUAUAAGAAGGUGUGGCUUCUAGGGGCACAUGUGUAUCUAAUGGGUGGUGCUUUCCUCGAAAGUUCUGUAACAAACCAAUCAGCAGUACUGGAUCAGACUUCAGUAGAGCGAUAAUAACGUUAGCAACUAAGGUAAUAAUAUGUUUCGUGUGUGCUGGACGAAUCGAUGUUAGCUAAUGUUUUGCCACCCAACCAUGCAAGCAGCCAAACUAUGUACGUUUUCCUCAUUCGUGCAAUAGCACCGUAGCGUGUUCAGAAAAUUAGUUACCAGUUGUCACUGUGCUGCAUCGAAUCCUUCGAGCCUUCCUUACAAUCUAUAUAAUUCAGAGUAGAAGAACGUGAAACACAUCGAGCUUUAUUAGUGAUCUGAUUCAUAAUUCUAACAUUUCAUGGAUAGUGAAGUAGAGAUCCCAUCCUGCACCACAAAGCAUUUGAUGAAGUCUGGCAACUGUUUCAUAACAUCAACAGGUAAUUAUAAGUUCAACAGCUUCAAAAACGGAAUUUUAAAUUUGUGUUUGGAAGUACAUAUGCAGAAAGGAGAUACAACGUGUUUUGUUGUCUUGCCAUUCUCAAAACAAAAAAACAUUAUAAUGGAAAAACCGUAAUUAAAGCAACAAAUA